AUUGUCAGUCCUCAUAUGACUUUUAUAGCAACUGAAAGCAAGCCUAAUAUUUGUCUAAGGGGAGACAUUACCUCAUCCCUUAAGGUUGUUUGCUGCAAAUACAACUCUGAGAGCUGGCUCAGGUAAAGAAUAUCAGAGCCUUACAUUUUUGGCAUAGUUAUCCAGACUGUGCAGGGGUGCUCAGGGCCCACGGAGGGCUACCUCUCCCAACAUGGGAUAUUUUCCUAAUCAAUUUAUAACAACGAAAAUGGUGAAAGCAAACAUUUAUUGAGCGCUUCCUAUGAGAUAGAAAUAAUGUGCAAACUCUAUGACAUAUGUUGUCUAAUUUUCAUAACUGUAUUAGGUAGAGAUUAUUUUUCCCGAUUCUAUAUGAUGAAAUGAGCCUUGUAGACUUUAGAAGGCUUGGCCAUGUUCACACAGCUAGCAAAUGAGCUAAUAAAUGGAUCUGGGAUUCUGAUCUUGUUUGUCUGACACCAAAGCAGGGUAUGUUCACUGUUACUGAAGAUUUGACAGGUGGAGCCCAGAGGAGGGCAAUGAGUGGACCAAGGUCAUAAGAGACAGAGCUGGACCUUGAACCCAUGUCUCCUUACUCCCAGUCAUGGGGUCUUCCUAUCCUAAGAGUAACAGCUUACACUGCCACUUAAACCUGGGCCUCCUUGGGGAUAGGUGCCUGGGGCAGGAGACCAAGAGACUGGGUCUGAGGGAGUCUGUUCAGUUGGGGUUGGGGAAAACUCAGGGAAACCCAAGCUUUGUCCCGUUUUCUGUUCAGGCCAAGUGGCAACGCCGGGCCUCAGAUGGCAGCGCAUGUCUCGACAUGUAUGAACACAUCAGUCUCAUGGCUCUGGAUAGUCUGCAGAAAUGCAUCUUCAGUUUUGACAGCAAUUGCCAGGAAAAGCCCAGUGAAUAUAUUGCCUCCAUCUUGGAGCUUAGUAGCCUUGUGGCAAAAUGGGUCAGUCAGGUAUUCCUGCCUGUGAACUUCCUGUACCACCUAACCCCUGAUGGCCAUCGCUUCCGCCGGGCCUGCCGCCUGGUGCAUGACUUCACAGAUGCCGUCAUCCAGGAGCGGCGCCGCACCCUGUCUGAUCAGGGUGUUGAUGACUUUCUCAAGGCCAAGGCUAAGACCAAGAUGUUGGACUUCAUUGAUGUGCUCCUGAUGAGCAAG